AUGCAAUUCUCCGUCGCCACUUUGCUCUUUGCUGCUACCUCUUUCGCUGCUGCCUCCUCUGUUGUCUUGACCAAGACUGAGGCCAGCACUGUCUCCUCCACCAUCUACUCUUGUGACGAGACCGUGACUGACUGCCCAUACAAGAACAGCACUAUCUCCACUUACGAGGCUGGUGCUGCUUCCGGUUUCGGCUCUUACUACGCCGCUGCUGGUGCUGCUGUCGCUGCCGGUGCUUUGUUGUUGUAA